UAUAACAAAAAAGAUAUUACAAUCCAAAAUUAAUUCAAAAAUAUAUGCUAUCCCAAUAAAUAUCUCGACAAGCAAUCACUACUUAUAACCUAGAUUAGUCACCUCCCUAUAUAACCUACAUUUCUCCACACCUCACCGUAAAAAAAAAGACUACUAUGGCUAUGGUUACAAACAGCAGAAUCGCUAUGUUGAACAAUCGCAAACCAUAUAAGACUACUUGAAAUGGAAGUUCUUCAUUCGUGGACACAACACUCAAACUAUUAUGGAGAAGACACUUUCAAAUUCAUACUCGAAGAUAAGAUGGGAUCCAAAAUACAUUGUACCUGUAAGAGGGUCUUCCUUGCUCGUGUUAAGAAAUUGCAUGUUGGUCAAUGGAUGUUCCUUGAGAAUUUCUCUUUUUACCCAGCUACCGGGAUGUACAGACCAACCAGCCAUAAAUACAAGAUGUCCAUCACAUGGAAUUCCAUUGUCACCAAUUCCAUUCGGACUACCUGCGAGGUUCGUUUGAUUGAUCAUAACAAAGAGAGUUCAUCUGAAGAUGUUUCAACAUCUUUCUCUAAGCAUAAGGAAGGAGAUGCUGAUCUUAAUGACAUGAAUUCUACAUCCAAGAAGUUAUGUGCUAAGAACAUAAAAAUGGGGAAGACAGAUGAAGAUUAGUUAUGUGAGGGUUACCCUCCAUAUGCUGAGUUUGUUGUUUUGGUUUUGUUUCAUGUUGGUUCUCGAAUUUCCAG